UUGAAAAUUUUGUUUGUUUUGCUGAUAUCUAUUUGUGAGCGCCCUCUUCGAUAAGUUAGUAAACCUCUAAAAGUCACAACAAACUUAACCUCACUUAACAAUGUCAGUUUGCAGUUCGAUUAAUUAGUUGUGUUUACAAUCGUCGAAGAUGAGGGGAAACGCGAAGAACGCGCCCAAUCCAAGCGCGUUGACCGCGAAACGGCGGAUGGCGAAGAAAAAGUCUCAGAAUUCUACGCAGGAUGGACAGUCGGAAUCGGAGAUGGAUCAAACGGGCCUUGAACACAUUGGACAACAGUACUCGGGUUUGGGGCCGGAUUCGAUUGUGAUCUACGCUGAACAAUCAUCCUUUGAGCAGUUGUCUGAGGAGCUGUGCUUUGGAUUCGCUGAAGAUUUGAGCUACAAACUGAGAAGUGUGAUACAUAAUGCUUUGACGAAGGCGCGAAUUAUGGGCAGGAAUUAUAUUGAAUCGAGUGAUGUCAGCGCGAGCUUCCAAGAUUUCAACAUCGAUCCGGUGCUCGGGGCUUCGAGUUUUCCGAAUUAUCGGGCUUUGCCCGAUCAGAAGUUGUACUACAUGGAUGAUAAUCCUGUAAACGUGAUGGAUCUGGCGUUGAGACGAGAGGUCUUCAUUCAGCCAGCCAAAGUGGACAUGUGUCGGAUGUGGACGAUGGACAUGGAGAGACUGCUGAGGGAUUACUUCAAGGCGAUGUCUUUUGCCUUGGUGUCGAACGAGAGGGAGGUGAGGCAGGUUGCUCUCAAUCAGAUCAAGCUGAACUCGAACGUCGGUCCAAUCGCCGAAUGGUUCUAUCACUUCGCGUUCUUCCUCCUCAGCAAAGACAUCAUCUACGACUGCCUCACGCUGCGCGCUUUGGAUUUAGUCGUCGCGCUCGAAUCCAAUAUGAUCGCAAUGGAAAUCGUCUCCGAUAAACAAAUGAAACUGCUGGUGCGUCUCCUCAUGCAAAGACUUCUCCGAACCAUCACGACGGAGGCAGUGAUGAGACCGAUGUGCAAAGUGUUGGGACUCCUCUGCCAGAGGGACGCAAUCCAUCAGAUGGUCUUCAUCAAAAUCGCCACGAAUAUGGAGGAGAUGAGGCAAGAUUUUUCCGUGCCGUUGGUGAUGAUCAUCAACGAAUUGGGAAUCGAUUCCAUAAAGUUGCUCAUCGAACCAAACCUCGACUUUUUCCUACACAAAGCCGGAUUGAAGCCAAAGCUCGCGGAUGCUCUACUAAGCACUUACAACGUCGUUAUUAAAGAGAGUUUUGACCGCGAACUGACGGAGAAGUUCUACAAGCUUUUCGGCGGCGCUCUAGUGCCGAUGUGGAGGCCCAACAUUGCCGAAGAACGCGAACAUCAGGAGAUAAACUGGCACAAGCCGCUGUUGAAAGCGCGCCGAAGGAUCAACUGUACCUACGGUAAAAGGAAGUUUUGCUAUACACGAAGUCAGGUGUUCGAAGAUUGCACGUUCCUAAGGAAUUCCAAUGAUGAUUGCGAAGAGAAACCCGAGGAGGCCGACGAUAAGAUUAGGUUUAGGAUUAGGCCACCCAGGAAAGUGGUGAGCGUCGUUGAUUGCGCGCCAAUUGAAC